CGCGACCAUGUCGUGGUGUUCCCGUUCAUGGCGAAAGGGCACACGCUCCCGCUGCUCCACUUCGCCACGGCGCUCUCCGUGCACCACAAGGGCCUGCGCGUGACCGUGGUCACCACACCGGCGAACCUCGCCUUCGCCCGCAGCCGCGUCCCCUCGUCCGUGCGCUUCGCCGUGCUCCCGUUCCCGUCGCUGCCGCAGCUGCCGGCCGGCGUCGAGUCCACCGACGCCCUGCCCAGCCCGUCCCUCCACCCGACGUUCGUGCAAGCCGCAGCGCUCCUCCAGGAGCCCUUCGCCGAGCUCAUGGCGUCGCUCUCGUCGCCGUCGCCGCCGCUCGUCCUCGUCUCCGACUUCUUCCUCGGGUUCACGCGCCGCGUCGCCGCCGACGCCGGCGUCCGUCACGUCGUGUUCCACGGCAUGUCCUGCUUCGCCACGGCCUUAGCCACGUCGGCCAUGGUGGGGCCGCUGCCCAGCUGCGCCGGGCAGGGCGGCAGCUUCCACGUCCCCCGCAUGCCGGCGCAUCUGACGUUCACGGCGGCGGAGGUCCCUCCAGGUGCGCUGACCAAGACGACGGAUCCCCUGAUGGAUGAGGAUUCCGAGGCGAGCAGCUGGGGCGUCUUGGUCAACAGCUUCACCAAGCUGGACGAGGAGUUCGUGGCGAUCGUCGAGUCGUUCAACCGGCCGGGCGCCCGCGCCUGGCUGGUCGGCCCGCUGUUCCUCUUCGCCGGCGACAUUCUGCAACAGGAUCCCGAGGGCUGCCUCCCCUGGCUCGACGAGCAGUCGGAGCCGGUGGUGUACGUGUCGUUCGGCACGCAGGCUCACGUCGCCGACGAGCAGCUCGGCGAGCUGGCGCGCGGGCUGGUGCAGUCCGGCCACCCCUUCCUCUGGGCCGUGCGGUCAGAGACCUGGUCGCCGCCGGUGGACGUGGGGCCGCACGGCCGCGUCGUCCGCGGGUGGGUUCCGCAGAGGAGCGUGCUGGAGCACCGUGCGGUGGGAGGGUUCGUCAGCCAUUGCGGGUGGAACUCGGUGAUGGAGAGCCUCGCGGCGGGGAAGCCCGUGCUGGCGUGGCCGAUGAUGGCCGAGCAGCCCGUGAACGCGAGGCACGUCGCGGACAUGAUUGGUGCGGGCAUCAGGAUGGACGGUGGUGGCGUCGUCGGCAAAGCCGAGGUGGAGAAGAAGGUCAGGAGGCUGAUGGACGCCGGCGGCGAGGAGGGGCGUAAAAUGCGCGCGAGGGCCGCCUGGGCUCGGCAGGCGGCCAGGUCGGCGGUGAGCGGCGGCGGCACGUCGCGCAUGGCAUUGCUGGAACUGGUGGAAGAGCUGCAGCGAAGCUACGACCGUGAUGCUAUCGGACGGGAAGGGGACAAUACGAAAGCGUAAUUCCCCCGAGUUUGUAAUCCAGUAAUCCCGAGUGGAGAUUUGGUGUUCUCAUUUUGUAAAAAAAUAAUUUAAAAUCCCUAUUUUGAGUUUUAGAAAAGUCUGAAAAUUCUACAUAUAGACAAUGAUAUAUCCCAAAGACUUGCAAAAUAUCAAUUUCAAAUA